AUGAAUUUUUUCAAUAUUUAUGGUAAUUUUUCAGAUCAUCGCUUCGUUUUGACCAUUUGUCGUUGUGUUCAUUUAAUGGUCAUACCUCAUCUGUUCGCAGGAUUGUCGCUCUUUCAAAUGAGAAUUCGUUCAUUUCGGCUUCUUCGGACCGAACUGUCAAGUUUGUUAUGGUCAAUCAAACCUGAGUUCGACACUGUGGAAGCUCAGUGUACUUAUAAUCGACACCAACGAUCUAUUCUUGAGGUGGCGCUACUAUCAAACACGCAAAUCGCCUCAACCGAUGGGACCGUACAUGUAUGGGAUCCAUUUCAUGGUGCCGUUAUCACUCAGAUGGACUGGGAUGGCGAUACCACCAUCUGUGGACUUCAACACAUAGAUCGACAUUUGAUGGCGGCUAUUUCAAGCCUUCAUAGCACAGUUCGCCUAAUGGACACUCGAAUAGGCGGGUGGUCUUGUGAACUGAAAGUCUCGAAUUUACCUGGAUUGACGAGGGCGUUCUGUGUAAGAGAAUCUGGUGAAUGGACGGUAGUGGCAUUGUCGAACGGCUCGUUGGUGGUGUUGGACGCUCGAACUGGCCGGCUGGCGUCGCUUUCCCAUGGAAACAGCACACACGCGACAGCGGUACGCUGGCUUUCGGCUGAGGAAUUUCUCGUCUGUGACGCCGAUGAAGUUGGGAAUGUGUUUGCCGUAACUCCACGAAUUUCUUCUAUUCGUAGACUCGCCGACAUUGUGGCCAGCGCUUUUGUCAGUGAUGACAAGUUGGUAUGCUUACUUGUAACGAGCCUUGUAGCAAAACUUCCUCAGCUACCUGUAUGGGCAGUGUGCAUCGAGGACUAG